CGUCUCGUGUGACACGCGACUAGCAAGACAGUGUAUGCCUGGUGUCUAACGGAACGUGUGCACGAGCGAAAGAGUCACGCUCUAAAGACAUUAAUGAAAAUUGAAGGAGCGAUCCGUUAGGUGAAACGAAGCGAUAAAAGGAUGGCCCAAAUGUCGGAACCAGCUCCGGUGCAUUGUUACACCAACCCUUCGUUUUGCCGCCAAUCCGAGUACAUACCCGAGGACCAAACUGGUGGCGAUCUGCCACCGCCACCUCAGUUUCAAAGCGGCGACGAUCUGCCGCCACCGCCGCCGCCAUUGCAAUUGCAAUGCAACGGUGGUCAAAGUAAUCCCGCGUUCCAAGAACCCGCAGAGGGCGGGAUAGAAAAAUGCGAGAGCAGAGAGAGAUACUGCUACCUCGAGAACAACGGGAAUCCUACGCACCGAAGAUAUGGAAGCCUGCCAGUUGAAGAACAACGCGCGAUAUAUAAUCAAAGUUCAAGGUACGAGUACAUACAGGACGAGCAGAGGGGUCAGAUACAGAGGAGGGGUUCCUCGAGGUACGAGUUCAUUCCGUAUCAGCAGGUGCAACAACGUUCCGCACCGGCGACCAACCAAGACGACGGACGGGAGCUGCAGAUGCAAAGUUGUCGGAACAACGGUGGACGAUACGCCGUUGUACCGGGUGAUCAGGAUUACCGAGACGAAGAAACCGCGUGGAAUACCGUGAAACAUGCGUCGACCACGCGCAGGCACAUUACCACGCCGCAGGGUCGUUAUACCAGAGUACCUUUGCAAGAAGAAGACCCUCCAGCUCUACCGGAACGAAACGUCCACGAGCUGUCGGUCUCCCCGAGAAAUAACUUGGCCACGCAAAAACUGCACGAGAUAUUGACCACUCCCAGAAAGCCUCGAUCUAGAUCCGAGGAGAGGACCCUGUCUCCAAAGAGGCACCACUCGUUCAAUCAAACCGGUACGCCACAAAGAAGAGCACUCACUCCAGGUGGCUCCCCGACCGGUCGAACGUUUAGUCCUACCCGUUCUACGCCUCAAGGAACACCGCAGAAUCGUACAUUCACGGGGCCUCAAAUGUCCACCCCGAACAAAGAGCCAUCAGCGCGGAGAUGUCUACCGUUAUUGGAAAACCCGUCUCGGCAGCAGGAUGUCUGCCCGGCCAGCAACUGUGGAAGACUACGAUACGUUGGCACGGCUCCGGUCGACCUUGUGACGAUGGGUCAUGGUGACCCGCCGCCACGUUACGCAUACAUGGAAAAUGGACCAGAAUCUAUGCCGAUGGUGUCCGGUUCGCCCAGGUAUCAAGUGAUACCCGCAGGACAGAAAAGAAACGGGUACCAAAGCGUGGAAAGUGCCUUCAUCGCUAGAACCGCUGUGGUUCCACCAUUGUCGCCACCGAAUAGCGACGCGAACACAACCUUGGCCAGCGUUGUGGAGAAGAACGACAGACGAAGCGCACCGUUGCUGUUGGUGUUGGUCGGUAUCUUGACCUGCGGUUUAGCGCUCUACCUAUCUUGGACGCAGGGCAGGAGGUACUAUUACGACAGUGCGGCCGGUUGCGGGGCCUGUUGUGCCCUGGCCGGUGCCUGCAGGACGCUGAGGAAGACUUGGACAGGACUCGGACUCGCGGGACUAUCGGCACUCAGCUGCGUGGGACUUUUGCUGCUCGCUGCCAAGUCUCCCAAACCUGGAACCCCUCUUCACGAUGUCACUGCUGGCGCCUUGUGCGGGGUUUCCCUGCUGGGCGCUGUUCUCGCGCUGGUGGCCCUUCUCUCCCCGAGGUGCAACUUGAGUAGACACAGAAGGGUGCACUCUUGGAUACCUCGACUUUCGCCCUGAGCACCCGAACCGAAUCGAUAUCCCGAUCGAAACGCCUA